GAGCCGCCGAUGGAAGCGUUGACCACCGUUGUUCAAGCUGCUGUGCAGUCGCAGCAACCUGAGGAGAUGUUCUUGCCGCUGAGCCAUUUCAAUCCUGGUAGUCGGGGGCACCCGGAGCUUUGCAAGAGGCCAUGUGUGUACAUCAGCGGGCAGGGGGUUUGCCAACUGGCCGGUGCAUGCGAAUACUGCCACUAUCAGCACAGGAAGGUGAAAUCCUUGGAGAAGCGCCAGAGGGAGAUUCUCAAGAACCUUGGAGUGGGACGCAUCCUUUCCGUGCUUCUUCCCCACAUCACAACGCGUGCUGAGACGGCCGGCUUGCUGCAAAGGAUCAACCCCCUUCUCCGUCAGAUCCGAGCAAUCUCGACUCCAAACGCGCCGACUGACCUUCGCCCUGUGGGCCGGACUCUGUCUCGCAUGCCUCUUGCCGGACUCUUGGCGUUGGUCCAGACGUUGGCACCUCCCGACCUUGCUCAGGCGGCGCAGACAACUCUUGAAGCGAUGCGGGCCGAGAGCGCGACGGGACAGCGCCGCUAA